AUGGCCGCCUCGUGGCACCCCAGAAAGAGAAAUUAUGAGCGUGAGACAGAGACUGAAAGACUGCCAGCAACGGUUGCAUCUUCACAUCCUCUGAAAGCCAUUACAAAAACUACCUACAUAUUCUACCUUAACUGUCAUAGGUCUCAAGAGUGGAAACAAAGUAAUUGUUUAGUCUUGCCUGAUACUAGAGUUUAUUUUCUGGUUAUACAGGAAAGUGGUACAAAAGGUCGAGCAGAUUCUCUGGAUGAUUCAUUUGAGCCAUGGUCAGCAAAGCGAGUAGAUAUACUGUCCAAAUACACUACAUCAGAAAAGCUGUCAAUAACCACAAGUUUUUUGUCUUCUGCAGACAAGGAACAUGUUGUUAUAAAAUCACAGAGUCAAACCACUACUGGUACAAUGUCAGACAAAGUGAAAAACAGACUGGAACAAUUAGAUGACUUUGAAGAGGGUUCUGUACAAGAGAUGUUGAAUCUAAGUCAGCAGGAGUAUGUUUCCCGUAUAGAAGAUCUCAAUCAGGCUCUUAUAGCAGCUUGGGAUCAAGACCAGAGAGUAAAGGCGCUUAAAAUAGCUAUACAGUGCUCUAAGUUGUUGGCUGAUGUAAGUGUGAUACAGUUCUACCCCAGCAAGUUUGUUCUUAUAACAGAUAUACUUGAUACAUUUGGGAAGUUGGUGUAUGUGAGAUUGAGAGAUAAAGCCCAGUAUUUUCCCCCUGGAAGUGGAGUAGCCAUUAAACUACCUGAAAAUUUUACUCCUGAUCAGGUGCCUGAUUCGGCUAAGGAAACCUGUCGUAAUUGGUUCUUUAAGAUUGCCUCAAUCCGUGAACUAAUUCCAAGGUUUUAUGUGGAGGCGGCUAUCAUGAAAUGCUACAGUUUCCUUAAUCCAGGAGAGUAUGCUGAUGCAUUAAGACGCCUGUCUCAGAUGAUAAGUGGAAUGGGUGAUCCACUUGUAUCGCUAUAUGCUAAAUGUUUCCUCAGUAGGGUGGGAAUAGCAGUUGCUCCAAGCAUCAGGGAUCACCUGUUACCAAUGUUUGAUGGGUUUCUAGCCACAUUCCCACAGGUACAAGGUGACAGUGUACAGAAUAUUUUGGCCAUACAGAAAUUAGAGAUGCCACGCUACCUGACCCUGUUCUCACCUGGCUUGGACUGGUUGCUACAAUGUAUAGCUCAUAAAGCAUCUGAUAACACUCUCACUGAUAUACUAGAGAAGUCGAGGAAACAAUGUAACAGUGCUUUGUUACUGAACUCUCUGAUAUCAGCAUUUAAACCAGAGUAUAUAGCAGCUAGAGCCACCAAGUUUAUUGAGAUGAUCAAAGAAUGUGAAGAAACAGGCUUUCCUAAACAUUUAUUAUUCCGUACAUUGGGAACAUGUCUGGCAAUAGCUGAUCCACCAGGGGACCAGAAACUGACAGUGUUAAAUGAAGUCUGGAAACCAAUAACUAAACUGAAAAAUCCAGCUGAUUACAUGGGGUGUGCAGAGUCCUGGAUGGAGUUUAUUGUUAAACAUUUUGGGAAACGGGAGAUAAACACAGUAUUAAAUGACAUUAUCAAGCAUUUGACCCCAGAUAGGGCAUUUGAAGAUUUUUACCCCCAGUUACAAUCUGUGGUUUCUAAGAUACUGGUUCACAUCCAUGACUUCUCCCUGCUUUUCUCACUGGAAAAGUUCUUGCCAUUUAUUGACAUGUUCCAAAAGGAAAGUGUAAAGGUUGAUGUCUGCAAAAAUAUCACCGAAGCAUUUGCAAAAUUUCAAGAGUCAGAAACGAAAGAUCCAGUUAUUAUAAAUGCUAUGAUGUUUGUUUGUAAAACUAUGCAUGAUUCUGUCAAUGCAUUAACACUGGAUGAUGAGAAGAAAUCAAUUAGCAACCUUAUAUCAGAGUUUGUGAGGAAGAUUUCAUUUGGCCGUGACUUUGAGCAACAACUUAGCUUCUAUGUUGAAGCCAGGGCCUCUUUUACCAACCUAGACAUCGUUCUUAUACAGUUGAUUCAGAAUGUUAACAACUUAGCCAUCCAGACAAGAAAUGUUGUCAAUGGAAAUCAUUCAAGAAAAACUGGCAACUUUGUUAGGGCAUGUGCAGCAUAUUGUUUUAUAACAAUACCUUCACUACAGUCUGUGUUUUCCCAGCUACAACUUUACCUGUUGUCUGGUCAGGUAGCUCUUCUAAACCAGUGUUAUAGUCAAGGUGAUGCAUUUUUUAAGGCAGCAGUUUCACUUAUACCUGAUGUCCCACGUGUAAUGGAGGCGGAAGGAAAACACAAAUCGUCGGAACCUUUCCUUGUGGAUUAUAUCAGUAACUUUGUCUCUACUCUCCUAGUUGUACCAGACAAUCCAGACUCCAGUGUGUUGUAUUUACUCAGAGGUCUAUUGAACAUACUCCAAAAUUACACCUGGGAACCAAACUCGGAUGCUAAAGUUGUAGUAUAUACCAGAGUACUGGCAAUGUUGUCAGCAUCGUGCCAGGAAACAUACCCAUAUCAUGUUGACAAAGUGGAUUCCAAUGACAGUUUAUAUGCCUCAGAUCCCAAAUAUAUAAAAGAGGUGUGUGGUAUAUGUUCAACUCUUGUUGAAGAAAUCCUCGCCCACCUAAAAACUCUAACAACACCUGAGACUCAGAAAAGGCAGACCAUGUUGUCUAUGGAAUUGUUCAACACAGUUGUAAAUCAUUCUGAUAUUGGGCAAAAAAAUCUUCAAGAUUUAGUGGUCAACUUAUGGAACUUGGCGCACAGAAACAAUCAAAUGGAUGUAAAACAAACGAGAAUAGUGUAUGCAUCAAUAAAGAUGAAGUCAUCUGGACUUGAUGGGAAGGCUUAUCAGGAACUUUUAUCUAAACUACCACUGGACAAUACCACGUAGCUAGCCAGAACACCAGUCUCCUGUUUUAAAAUAGAAAUUAAAUGAAUAUUUGACUUUGCUUGAUUUCUGGAUCAUGCAUAUUUUCUAUAUGUCAUCCCUUGAUGUCAUAUUAACUUGAUUGAACAUAAAAUAUAGAAAAAAAUCCUUAUAUAGACAGGAGAAUAGACAGGAGAAACAAGAUUUGAAAAAUUGAGUUUACAGAAUAAAUAAGUAUCCUUGUUUCAGAAUUCAAAGAAAUUUUGUGCAUUUAGUGAUGGCAUUAAUCUUCAAAGAAUUUCUGUGCCUGUGAGAAAAUGUGUGUAAAGAAUUGUUAUUAGAUUUAUAUUUUAAAUAGAUAUAUAUAAUUUAUCUAUGUAAAUGACAAUAUUUAUGAUAAUCAUGAUGAUUUUAUGUAAUAUUGUUAUUCUAAAUAUUAAAUAAUUAUAAAGUUAUAAAAUGAAAAAUAAAAUGCUAAAUUGAAUACAA